AGAAAACGGAAUUUAAAGUCAGAAAUAUGAUAAUCUAUCAUUAUAAAACAAUUUAGAUGGACACCAUUUUAGUCACUGCAUUUUUACGAGGCUGAGCAGUUUCUGUAGUAACGUAUCCGAUAGUCAAGUUUUGAAUAUAAAUCUAUUUUUUAAUGAAUCUCCGUGAUUACCUUACAAAAACGUCAUGUAGAUUGAAACUCUGCAUCACAUAKUCAUCUUAAAUGUUUGCGAAACCUUUUUGGGACAUUUUGCGUCGGAAAAAUCAAAUUGAAAGGCAAAAGAGUGAAGGUAAGUAAAGCCUGUUUUCAUUUUUAUUAUCAUUACGACCAGACUGUUAAUUUCUUUCGUAUAAUAUUUUCUUGAUAGAAUAGUAGCAAUAGUAGGUCUUUUUGUCAUUGAUACUCCACUAUACCAGUCAAUAUGAUCCUAUCAUGGUAUAAAACCUUCCGCACGUAACCUGAAUCCGAAAAUUUCCGAAAACCGUUUCAAGAGCAGAAUUGAAUUCAAAAGGUUCCACAGCUAAGGAUGAACAAGGCUAAAAGCAUUUCCAUUUUGACUUGUCGAUGUUUUCUUCGAAUUUGAACCUUUGAGACAAGGUUUUGCCUUUCACGUCAAACCGCGCAAGAUCCACCGGUCGCAUUGUGUAAAUGAGUCUUUAUAAAUGUCGUCAAUAUACUGUUGGUAUAUACUAUAGKUCUUGGUCAUAAGCAGCCKGAAAUCMUUCAAACCGCAAUUGGUUUGUUGACGGAGCUUAAAAGAUCUUGACUUUUUUGGCUGCAUUUUGAGCUCCMAGUUGCCAUUAAAACAAAYAAGCCACGUCACUGASUCAACUAAACUAUAAACCUCAAGAGAAACAGCUGUCAGCUGUUUAUAGAAAAAGACGAAACACACUCUUACAUAACACCACACACGCAAAACAACUCACACACACAAUCAAAACAAACAAAACAAAAAACAAACAAUACUAACAACCGCGGUCUCAAAGCUAAAAAGGUUUCAAUUUUAUUGUGUAAAGGACAAAAUUAAGUGAUGAAAAAUAAUGAACAUUAACAACAACAACAAAACAAACAAAAUGAAAUAAAAAAGAAAGCAAGAAAAGACUACWAAAACCCUUCCAUGAUGAGCUACUAAUUCAAUUUGCUUAUAAAAUCAUCAAUCGUAUAGAGGUUGAGCUCCGCCUACUUUUUAUGAUAGUUAAUUCUAUUAUUUACCAAAUUAAUGAUUUUUUAAAAACCAAAAGUGACAGUGAAAAGAUAGCGUCAAGAUGUUUAUUAUGUACAAAUAAACUUCUCGUUAAAAACAUCGACGAGWACCACAAGUAUUGAAAUCAAAAGUCAUGYAACCAGGSAGCCAAUYCAAGCGUAGCAUCUGGGAGGAGUCARUGAAAAGAGAAUUCAGUUCUUGAUAAUUAAAAUGACCGAUAAUAAAUGUAAAAGUAAUAAUUCAAGGUAAACGAUUUGAUGUAGAUURCUAACACGCUAAUAUCCCCGCCUAGCAAGCGAAUCAUGGCCUACCGUUAUCURUAAGUGCAGUGUUUACUGCAAACAAAGGAAUACCAGUUGUUAGUGCACCUUUUAGCGGGUAACUAGACAAUCAAUAAAUAACUACACAACACACCUCUCGGAAAUGGAAAAAUAUCAAAAUAGACUGACAGUACAUUCUCAUCGUUAACUAAAUUAGAAAAUCUUCAUUCUACUUGCAAGAUUACAACACUUCAGUGUUUUUUUGUUAUUGCUCGACCGUGUAUCGUAUGGUGAUGGAGGUUUGAUAUUGAAUGACAAACAAGGAAAAUCAAMWUUUUUCUCUACAUAUAACUUACAUCACUGACUAUGGCUUCAGAACUGUUUAUAGCAAAAACACCAAAAAAGACAUAUGCAAAAUUAAACGGCCAAGAUGAAGGGGACCAACGCGAAAAAGGACACGAACUUCAAAAUGUCACCGAGGACAAGCUCAAGAGAAGUGAAGUAAAGCUACAAGAUGACCAAACGCGGAAAGGCGCAAAGGAAACCUACGAUGUUUCUGAUGCGGUGGAGAGGAUUGGAUUUGGUAAAUUCCAAGCCAAACUGAUAGGAAUUAUUGGAUUUUUUGUGAUAGCUGAUGCUCUAGAAAUGAUGUUAUUGUCGAUAUUAGCGCCCACAAUACGAUGUAUAUGGCAUUUGAAUUCUGUAGAGGAGGCAUUUAUAACUACGGUUGUAUUUAUUGGAAUGAUGCUGGGGUCAUCGUUCUGGGGUUGGAUAGCAGACUCACUAGGAAGACAUGUUACAGUAUGUUUGUCUGCUGCUUGGAUAUUUUAUUUUGGUUUUCUAAGUGCAUUUUCUCCUCAUUAUUACUGGAUUAUCGCGUUACGAUGUCUUGUCGGGUUUGGCAUCGGUGGAGCACCACAAGCAACUACAUUAUUAUCGGAGUUUUUACCUCUCAAGUCCAGAGCGAUAUCCAUAUUAUCAUUAGCUAUAUUCUGGGCGAUAGGCUCUACGUUCACCGUUGCUGUGGCAAUGGUCAUUAUGCCAUCUCUAGGUUGGCGGUGGCUUCUGGGAAUUCUGUGUCUACCUUUGCUUUUGUUUCUGUUGCUAAGUAAGUGGCUACCAGAAUCAUGUCGCUUCUAUUUGGCUGCUGGAGAGCACGAUAAAGCAAUAGAAACUCUUAAAUCAAUGGCAKCCAUGAAUAAYAAAGACCUGCCUCCUGGCGAACUGCUUGAUGCUGCUCAGAGCAAACCAAGAGGACGAAUUGUAGAUUUAUUUAUCAAUGGUCAGUGGAAAACAACUGGUUUAUUAUGGCUUAUUUGGUUUAAUUUAGCGUUUUCAUAUUAUGGUAUAGUGCUGACCACAACAGAAAUGUUCCAAGCCUUUGGUGAAACUGGGCGAUGUGAUUCAUCAGAUCCGGCGGAAAAAGUUGAUUGUCAUGAAUGUCGMCUUCUAACAGUAGAGGAUUACACUGAUAUGAUGUGGACAACAGUAGCAGAGUUUCCAGGAAUUAUAUUGACAAUGAUAAUCAUCGACUUUGCUGGAAGAAAGAAGACAGCAGCUUUCGAGUUCUUUGGCACUGUUGUUUGUUUUGUGUUGCUGAUGUUCUGUAAUGGAAGAACGUUCAUGACCAUAUGUAUAUUUGGUGUCCGUGGGUUCGUAUCAGGCGCAUUCCAGACAUUUUACGUCUAUACUCCCGAGGUUUACCCUACAGUUAACAGAGCACUGGGUCUUGGUUGCUGYAGUGCAUUUGCACGUAUUGGAGCUAUGAUGACACCAUUUGUAGCGCAGGUCCUUAUUAAAAAGUCUGUCAAGUUGGCCUUGGGUACUUAUGCCUUAACGUCUUCACUUAGUCUAGUAGCAUCCUUACUACUACCUAUAGAAACAGGCGGACGAGCUAUGCAGGAUACAUGAUAAAAGUGCAAUAAUUAAAGGCAGGGCCUUCUCUACAUACGUUAUAAACAUCUAGAAACAGAAAUGAAUACAAGGGCAACAGAGGAAAUAUUUUUGUUAGAGCAUUAUUUAUAAGAAUCCUUUACUAUGAGUGCAAAAUUAAACUAAAGUGUUAAUUCUAAAGAAUUAUAAAUGUACAUAUUCAAAGUUUAGAAGAAUUAAGUCAAAAUUCUGUAGAAGGAAUGCAUUUAAUCUGUGAAAUUGUACAAAAUYAAAGUAACACAAAAUUUGUACGGUYGGUAUUUUUUGUGUGUGGAAAAUACCGACAUUGUUACUAUUGAACAUCAUUACUAAUGGAAAAUGUCACAAAUUAAGUGCAUUGCUCUAAUCAUCAAAACAAAGUUCUUAUCAUGGCAUUUAUCUAAAAGUUAUCAAUAUAACCAAGAGUCUAAUAUGCCAGUGUAAUAAAUGUGCAAACCACUCAAAACUAGAACAAUUUUGUACUUCACAUUUGUGGUGGCUGUUUGACAAAUGCACUGCUCAUAACAAGUGGACCAGUUCUAUGUACUGGAAAACACAAAAUAAGAACAAUCUGUCUACUGGCCUUGAUAUAAACAUCCCUUAAGAAGAGUAUUGCAUACUUGCACUCAGUAUGACUUUUAAAUGGUAAAAACUGAUUACAAAAAGAAUGAUACACCUAAGUGUAAAUAAAGGUCAAAAUAAAGCUGUACAUUUCCACUGCUUAUUACAACAUAAUAAAAUACAAUAAUAAAAGAAAGAA